UCAAAAAUGGCGCCUACAUGUUAUUUUACAUUUCCUCAAACAAUUUAACGCUCCCAAAGGGAUCGAAAGACAUAAGCACUUUCUGACUAUUGUACAAAGUUUGGUACUUAGCACCUUCGAAAUAAUAGAUCAGCUCAGAAUCGCACCUUCUUUCGACUAAUACAUAUUUCGCACGAUUUUACGUUUACCGAACGAUUGUUAGUAAUGAUAACAAGUUUUUCUGGCAAUCGUGUUCGCUGUGUGAGCUGUGUUGCUGCCGUAAGCUCAAAUAUGGGGAUUGGGAAAAACGGGAGAUUGCCCUGGCCCUCACUGAGGACAGACCUGAUGUUCUUGAAGAAAAUUACCACUGAGGUUAAUGAACAAGGUAAAUGGAAUGCUGUAUUAAUGGGGAGAAAAACUUGGGAAUCACUUGAUAUGACCAACCAACCCUUACCUGGAAGACUGAACAUUGUUAUAAGUAAGACACUGAAGGAGCCUCCUCCUGGAGCACACCAUGUUUUUAACAGUGUCUGGUCUGCAGUUCAAAUGUUAUCUCUCCCUCCUCUUUUGGACACAGUGGAAGAAAUUUUUGUACUUGGUGGUGGUGAUGUGUACAAGGAAGCAAUUGAGUCUUCUUACUGUCAAAGAAUUUAUUUAACAGAAAUAGACAAAGAAUUUGAGUCAGAUGCAUUUUUCCCGGCCUUUGACAGAAGCAAAUACAGUCUUAUAAGUACACCCAGUGGAGUGCCUCAAGGCAUUAUUGAAGAAAACCAAAUCCAAUACAGAUUUUGUGUUUAUGAGAAACAAGUCCCUCAAGAUGUGUCAGAAACUUGCUAAUGGCUCGAUGAAAAGCCUGUUUGACUUGGACUGGGGUGCUGCUCGCGGAAUUGGUUAGCCAUCUUUUGGGGCUAACUAGAGAUGUUUGCCUGAUGUGAAACAAAGCCGAUGAAAACCGGUCAGCCUGGAGUUUUCUUUCUUCGUUUGACUUACUGUAUUUCGUUUUCGGUACCUCUCACAUUUCUUACUUCUGCGAAGGCACUUUGGCGCUUUGCAAAGACAGUAAUCUGUAGCUAUUAAUUAAAAUAUUUUUUCUUCCCCCUUCCUUUUCCUUCCUUCCUUCCUUUUUAUGGGAAGCUCGCCAAGAAGCCUUGGUUGUUCCUAGCAGCUUACCCGGUUUUAAAGGGCAUCGAAAAGUAAUGAAGGGGCAUAGCCUGGGUACUAGCGCUCAGUUCUUCGCGCAAAUAGUCAUGAGAUUCUGAGAGGAGAUGUUUCGUUCUGAUCGACCCGGAGACAACCCUAACCCUAAACAAAGAAAAAUUACAUCUUUGGAAAUAAAUUUCUUUUACUUGGUCGAAAUCCUAACUAGUUACUACUUAUUUUCUUUAGUAAUUAUGUACACAGGUUGACACAGGACAGAAAAAAAUUUUGCGGGGGUAAACGUUAACACAUUCAACAAUCCUAAAAGAAGUGCAAUGAAAGCUACAAGCAAGUACCAGCUUUAGAUUCUCGUUUCGAAAACGAGUCUUACUUUAUAUUAACCCUUUUAUUCCCGCCAGUAAUCAACACGAAACUUCUCUCUAUGAUAUCCACACAUUAUCUAGAAAAAAAAAGGUAGUGAUAACACUCAAUCUUAUCGGGAAGAAGUUGUUAUCUCGAUCGAACAUGAAAUUCUCUUUUAACUUGGAAUUUACAAGGAAAUGUGUAGCAGCUAGUGGGGAGAAUUAGUAAUCAGAUCUUGGGAGUUAAAGGAUUCACUUUAUAAAUCGUCCUGCGCACGACGCCUGGCAUAAAGGGGCCUGUCUGGCAAAAUAAAACGGUUUUCAAGCGUU